CGUCUCCAUAUCAACAGUUGACUCUCUAGUUCCUUGUAUCUCGUCGUGCAUAAACUGCAAGCUCUCACUUUGCUAUAUAGCAUGUGCGGAAUCUUCUUCGCGCUUAGUCGCAGCGCACAUGUACUCCCUGAUGCUAGCACAGAGCAGCUUCUACAAAAGCGAGGACCCGACAGCAUAGGGAAGCAUUGUAUCCAAAUACCUACACCUGGCACCACCUUCCACGCUACUUUCAUCUCAACAGUACUUUCUCUGCGCGGCUCCCAGAUUGUAGAGCAGCCUUUGCGCAAUAGAGCCACUGGCUCCGUUCUUUGUUGGAAUGGGGAAGCAUGGAGAGUAAACGGAGAAACAGUUUCUGAGAAUGACUCCAAAUUCAUCUUCGACCAGCUCUCCUCUGUCACCUCCAAGACUGUCCAGCAAAGACAAGAAUCCGUCGCGCUGGUAGUAGAGUUUCUUUCCACUGUUCAAGGGCCAUUUUCUCUUGCAUUCUAUGAUGCAGUGAACAAAUAUCUUUAUUUUGGAAGAGACUGCUUAGGGCGCCGCUCCCUCCUGCGUAAACUGGUAGAUGACGGCGACCUCGUCCUUUCUAGCGUCUGUGACAACGCCACAGGUGAUCGAUGGCAGGAGGUAGAAGCUGACGGUAUAUAUGUCGUUGAUCUACUCCAAGACCUCGGCUGCGCUGCAGCAAUAGAGAUUCUUCAUAUUCCACAUCGCCGUGUAGAUUCCACCGGACCACCUGGUCUAUCAUUUACACUCCCUUUCCCAAGCUUGAGGAGAACACUGCAAACAGGCGAUGGUCUGCUCCUUCGCCAACAUGUCUCUAAGCUGAGGGUCGUUCUCAAUGCAAGCCUCGAGGUACGGGUCAAGCAUGUCCGAGAAUCGGUAGAGGGCAUAACUUCAACGAAUACGAAAGUCGCCAUUCUUUUCUCUGGUGGCCUGGACUGUACUGUAUUGGCCCGGAUGUGUCACAAUUUGCUCCCGGUUACAGAAGGCAUUGACCUUCUCAAUGUAGCCUUUGAGAACCCCAGAAUACACGGCAAUUUGGAUCCUGGUACUUCACCUUAUGAACUCUGCCCAGACCGUAUCACGGCAAGGUCUUCGCAUACAGAGCUAUUAAAAGUCUGCCCAGGGCGACGCUGGCGCCUUGUAGAAAUCAAUGUCCCCUAUGUGGAAACAGUCUCGCAUCGUUCUUGUGUCAUAUCCUUGAUGCAUCCGCACAACACAGAAAUGGACUUGUCGAUUUCCCUAGCCUUGUAUUUUGCAUCUAGGGGAGUCGGUGCGACACGAGAUAGUCUUGACGAACCAAUGCGAGACUAUACGACACCCGCACACGUCCUUCUAUCAGGACUUGGUGCAGACGAACUUUUCGGAGGCUACCAGCGCCACGCGACUGCUUAUUCUCGGAACGGCUAUCACGGUCUGAAUGAUGAACUUGCGCUUGACUUUGAUAGACUGGGCAAAAGAAAUUUGGGAAGAGACGACCGCGUUAUCAGUCAUUCGUCAAAAGAAGUUCGAUUUCCCUACUUGGACGAGGAUGUCAUAGCUAUGGCCCUGGGACUUCCUGUUACAGCCAAAUGUGAUUUCAGUAACGAGCAGUGCUUAGAGUCUGAGGACCCUGCUAGGUGUCUCGAACCGGGUAAGAGAAUCCUCAGAAUGCUAGCUUGGGAGCUCGGCAUGAAGAACGUUGCAGCUGAAAAGAAGCGGGCAAUUCAAUUUGGAACCCGUACGGCAAAGAUGGAAACCGGCAAGACAAAAGGAACCAAUGUCCUGUCAUGACUGUCUAGUUUGCUGCAUCAUUUUCCAUGCAUUUUACUGGUGUCACUUGCUUCACCCUUU